AUGUCGGAGGAAUUGUCAAGAGCAGGUGAUCAGCUUCUUGCAUCCACGAUGAUCUUGUCGCAUCAGUAUGGGAUUCCAUCCGUAACUACAAAUAACAAACACCAGAAAAUUGUCAAUAAUAGUCACAAUAGCAAAGGCAAUAGUCGAAACCAGAAUACUCAAAAUGUUCAUGACACAGAAGCGGAAUAUGUAACUCUUUACAGCGAACUUUCUACCAAAACCAAUCAUUUACUAUAUCUUUCGAAACUCGCAGAAUUGCAGAAGGCUUCAGAGCUGGAAAUCAAUCGCAAAUACAACGAGAUUGUCUCCGAAAUGGCCACAAUAAGGCCAGAUACACUUGAAGAGUUCUUGCGAGAUCAGAAUUCUUCAUUUAAAACCAAUUCAGUACUAAAUAGUUAUCUCCAGAGCUGGCUUCCGAUUCUCCACGUGAUUCAUCUGGCCAAUGAAGACAUGACACUCUCGGAGCUAGCCAUGCUAGACAACUUGGACGACUUGUUUCUGGUGCGGGAAGGCAAAAAGGGCAGGCAGGGGUUGGUUUUCACUGUGAUGGACGAGUUCCAAAAGAAUGUAGAUGCUGAUGCAGAAUGUGCCAAGUUGGAAAAUGAUUUUAAUAAACUUCUCAUAGACGAGUUGAAACCGAAACUACUUCAAUUGAAAGUGGCAAAUGGAAAAUUGUUAGAUAAAAGCAACGCUUUGACAAAGACAAAAGAGGACCUGCUUGAAAAUGAUAGCAGCGUGACAACUAGGGAAUUAUCACAAGUGAGAGAAGCGUAUGUAGGCGUAGUGAAGAAAUGGAACUACCUUCUGAAAAUGUGUGAUUUCUUGCCGUCCUUUGUUGCCAGUUUGCCUGUGAAUUGGUAUAGUGAUAGUAGUUUGUUUGACAUUAUAAAGGACUGUGAGAAGUUGGCCGAGAAGUUGGAGAAAUACCAGCUGUUGGUGAAUGUUGAGAACAUCGGCAGUUACAGUGAUCGCGACUUGAUAUUGUUAGAGUUUGAUGAGCUAUAA